AUGGCGGAAGAGUACGAUGAAGGUGAGGUUGAAGAAGAGUUCUCCGUUUGGAAGAAGAACACUCCUCUGUUGUACGAUUUGUUCAUUUCUCAGCCUCUUCAGUGGCCCUCUCUCACCGUUCACUGGCUUCCUUCCUCUCCCCAACCCCACUCCCACCCCUCAUUCAAUCUCCACAAACUCCUCCUUGCCACUCACACUGCCCAAGGCGAACCCAAUUUCCUCAUGCUCGCUGACGUUUCUCUCCCCACCGACACCUCACAACCCAUCGUCGCUACUGACCCUAACGACCCCGUUCUCCCCAAGGUGGAAAUUUCCGAGAGGGUUGCUGUUGAUGGGGAGGUCAAUCGAGCUCGUUGCAUGCCGCAGAACCCUAGUAUUGUUGCUGCAAAGACAUGUAAUUCCGAGGUUUAUGUGUUCGAUUUCACCAAGCAAUGUGGGAGUGAGUUUGCCCCUGAUUUGAGGUUAAGGGGCCACGAUAAAGAGGGUUAUGGUUUGUCUUGGAGCCCUUUUAAGAGUGGGUAUCUCUUGAGUGGUUCGCAUGACCAUAGGGUUUGCUUGUGGGAUGUGCCUGCUGCUUCACAAGAGAAUGUGCUUGAUGCAGUUCAUGUUUACGAGGGUCAUGAGAGUGUGGUUGAAGAUGUGUCCUGGAACCUGAAGGAUGAGAAUUUGUUUGGGUCUGUGGGAGAUGACUGUAAGUUGGUCAUUUGGGACUUAAGGACAAACAAAUCCCAGCAAUCAGUCAAACCACAUGAAAAAGAGGUUAACUUUCUUUCAUUCAGUCCAUUUAAUGAAUGGAUUUUGGCUACAGCAUCUUCAGAUACAACAGUUGGUCUCUUUGAUACACGGAAGCUGGCAGUUCCACUACAUGUUUUAAGUAGCCACACAGAUGAAGUAUUCCAGGUUGAGUGGGAUCCUAAUCAUGAGACUGUGUUGGCAUCUUCUGGCGCUGACAGGCGGCUGAUGGUUUGGGACCUUAACAGGGUCGGAGAUGAGCAGAUAGAAGGAGACGGUGAAGGUGGUCCUCCUGAGCUACUCUUCUCUCACGGGGGUCACAAAGGGAAAAUAUCAGAUUUUUCAUGGAACAGAAAUCUGCCAUGGGUUAUCUCGAGUGUAGCAGAGGACAAUUCUUUCCAUGUAUGGCAAAUGGCAGAGAGUAUUUACAAUGAUGGAGAUGAUGACUACAUGUGGACGGCCAAUGAUUAA